AUGCAAGCCUGCAGAGACCAUGCCAUUGCUGCCUCCGUGACAGCCCUGAAGAAAGCCCUAGACCCGAAGACCGACCCCAAAACUGCUUCUUCCUUAAAGGAUUGCAAGGCCAGUUACGACGACGCCUUGGACAAUCUAAAAACGGCGGAGGAUGCCUUGAAAACUGUUGAUCUUGGCACUGUCAAUAGCAUGCUCAGUUCGGCUUUGACUGAUUUCAGUGAUUGUGAUGAUUAUUUCUCUCCGGGUGGCGACGGUCCAGGCGACGGUCCAAUCGAUAGUCCAAGCGGUGGUACAGAGGUUCAAGGUCCCAUGACCAAAGAAGAUGGAACCUUGGUGAGCCUGGCUAGCAAUUGCCUUGCCAUUGCUUCCUUGGUCAAGUAG